AUGGAGCCGCUCCCAGGAGGAAUACCGACCGUUGCUGGACGAACACCUAUUGCGUGCCAAAACUGCGCCAACGCAAAGACAGGCUGUGACAAGAAGGUUCCUUGCACAAGAUGCGCCGAGAAGAGCCUGCCGUGCGAGGCCCGAUUUGCCAGACGAUCCUCCAAGGCGGUCAUCCGCGCGGCUCAGGCUGGCGCUGCAUUCCAGAGCGCACUCUCCCAGUCGCCACAGCAAGGACAACUAAGCGGGAGUCCGGGCCUUGCUUUCAUAGAUAUGAGCCAGGCCGGAGUCAAGUCGGAGGGCAACGAGUCCCCUACCUCUAUCGAGGUCGUCAUCCCAGUUGAUCACAAUGAACUGGAGUCUCCAAAGCGAACCUCGCCUCACAGCUCUCAGGUACAUCUAGGGGAUUUCCCGUCACCUCACACGCGGCUGAAGGGUGGCAUGGACGACUUCAUGCAUAUCGGAGACGACUUCACUGUUCAGGAUGCAACAUAUCAGGACCUUCUUGUCUGGCCCGAGUUUCAGAUGGACCUUGACGCCUACCCAAACCCCAGCUCGCUUGCGAGGCCGGACAUGUCCAUGCCCGUUUUCACAGACCUCAGCAACGCCUCGCCCCCGUCGGAGCUUGUGACGACAUCAUCUUCAUCCUCAAGGGGUUCGAUCCACACUCCGGGGACCAGCAUAGUGUCAAAUGACUUUGACAACGCCCUGAAACCCUUGGGAUUCGCCAUGGCUUCUCCGACUGACAACUCGAUCCCCGAGUUUGAGGUCGUCAUUGUGGCCGAGGGGUCGUGGAACUUUGCGCGAUGCAACCCGCCCAACUUUACGGGCAAUUGCCCGCGAACAGCCAUUGUGCAUCUCGAGUGCUUGGAGCAGAAGUGUAAGCAGGAGGGCACUUGGAGCUCGCUCGAGAAGUUCCUCGAACAAAUUGAUCGGGAAGCAUCCGACUUGGCGUCGGUUGUGCCCCUGAGCUCUCGCACACGAGACAAGAUGCUCGCCAUCACGCAGAGCUUCCUUCAUAAAGCGCUCGAGAUCCAUCGCGGAGGUGUCACCGGCUAUCCAAAGAGUGGAUAUGCCACUCCGGGGGAUUUCAAUUUCAUCGUCCUGCCGCCAUCCAAGAUCCUCGAGCACUUCCUGCGCAGCUACGUCCGCAGCUUGUCGGUUUACUACCCGCUGGUGAAUGCCGGCUGUGUUGAUCCGAACGAAAUGUUGCAGAACAACCAGGCAUCGACACUUCUCGUACUACUUAUGAUCGCCCAGGGCGCGGCGACUAUGCCUUUGGCUGAGGCACGCUAUCUCUCGGCCGGUUUGACUGAGACGUGCCGCAUUUCCUUAUUCGACAUUGUGGAAAAGGAUGUUGAACUUUCUGCAGAUCCUACCGCACUUCGGUGCGCCUUGUUAUUCCUCGUUCUGGGUGCAUGGAGCGGCGAUAAGUGGCUGAUGGACAUUGCUAUGGGUCAGCGCGGCAUGUACAUGUCGAUGCUCAAACAUGCUGGCAUGUUGGAGCCGCAGCCUUCGAUAAUAUCAAGCUUCAACGACUCGACCACCACAGAGCUUCAGUGGCGCGCCUGGGUCCAGCGAGAGACGCGGAAUAGGCUGGUCUACAAUUACGUCAUGCUGGAUCAGGAACUCAGUCUGUUCUACGACACGGCACCCCUAUUUGCUAUCACAGAGCUGCAGUGUCCCCUGCCGGCUCCCGAGGUGCUCUGGAUGUCGCCCAACUCGGAGCAGUGGCUGUCGGCAAUGCAAUCAUUACACAACUGUGCGGCCAAUGUCAAUCCGCAGCUUCUCAGCGCUCCAUCGACUAGCCCGUCGCUCCACGAACUCUUCCAGGACUUCCUUCAGGACAACCCCGUCCAACGGCAGCUUACUCUGUCCCCACAGCAGCUGCGGCUGAUUUUACACCCGCUGCAGGCGCUAAUCUGCCACUUGCGUCAGAUGCUUUCGUGCUUUUCGGACGUGUUCAGCACACCUCGCGCAAGCGGCUGCUCCGUGACCAGAGCGUCGAUCCUCCACCGGCUGGAGGAGGUACAGGCGCUGCUUCAGAAGUGGUACGACGUGACCAUGAACUACAGCAAGGCAAACUCGGACUGCCCGGUCACUCGAUGCAACCUGGUGCUCUACCAUCUCGUUUCGCUCAACGCCGUAACCGACCUCCCCGAGAUUGAACGCUUCGCCCGCCGCGAAGGCUUCGGCGGGUCGAGCUGGGAGCUGCCGCUGCGCCACGGGAAGUGCAUCUUCCAGCGUCAAAAGGCCAUCUUUCACUGUGGCCAGGUCUUUCGGCUCCUGCGCCUCAUGCCCACCGAUCGCCGACCAGCCUGGUGGUCUGCGGCCAUGUACCGAGCCACGAUGGUCGUCUGGAUGGACAGCAUCACCAGGAUGGAUCCCAACUCGCAGAUCGACAAACACGAGAGUAUUGUGGGGGCGCCGAAGCCUGUGCCGGUAAUGAUCGAUCAGCUGAUGCCUGAGGAUUCGGCCCUUAUUGCCUAUCUGUGGGGCGGCGGCGGAGUGCCCAUGCUGACGGGCCCGGACGGCACUACGAUUACGCUGGACAAGCCUGGAGACAUACUCGCUUAUGCCAUUAAGAACAUUGAGACGUGUUUCAGCUUACGGGUUGGGGAUGGUAUUAAGCGGAAGCUCAUCGCCUUGGGAAAUAACUGGAACGUGGAUAUCAUGGGUGUUUUACCCUCAAGCAGCGGCGGAUGUUAA